GGAGCCUGACUCUUCUAAGCUUAGCCCCACGAGUUUGUUCCCGCACGUGGGAGGCCCAUCGCAACCUUGAGCGCGAUGCCCCGCGCGCCUCGUUGCCGGGCCGUGCGCGCUCUGCUGCGCAGCCGGUACCGCGAGGUGUGGCCACUGGCGACCUUCGUGCGGCGCCUGGGGCUUGAGGGCAGGCGGCUUGUGCAACCCGGGGACCCAAAGGCCUUCCGCACGUUGGUUGACCGGUGCCUAGUGUGCGUGCCCUGGGGCUCGAAACCUCCACCUGCUGGCCUUUCCUUCCACCAGGUGUCAUCCCUGAAGGAGCUGGUGGCCAGGGUCGUACAGAGACUCUGCGAGCGCGGCGAGAGAAACGUGCUGGCUUUUGGCUUCGCUCUGCUUAACGGGGACCAAGGCGGGCCUCCCAUGGUCUUCACCACCAGCGUGCGCAGCUACUUGCCCAACACAGUUACUGAGACUGUGCGCGGCAGCGGAGCAUGGAUGCUACUGCUGAGCCGAGUGGGCGACGACCUGCUGGUCCACCUGCUGGCACGCUGUGCACUCUACCUGCUGGUGCCCCCCAACUGUGCCUAUCAGGUGUGCGGGUCACCCCUGUACCAAAUUUGUGCCACAGCGGAUACCCGACCCUCUGUGCCCACCAGCUAUAGGCCCACACGACCUGUGGGCAGGAAUUUCACCAACCUUGAGUCCACACAGCGGAUCAAGAACAGCAGUCACCUGGAAGCGCGGAAACCGCUGGCCUUGCCAGCUCGGGGUGUGAAGCGGCAUCAGAGCAUCACCGACAGAAACCUGCCUUCAGCUAAGAAGGCCAGGUGUGAUUCAGCCCUCAGAGUGGAGAAUGGACCCGACAGGCAGGCAGUUCCAGGCCCAUCAGGCAAAACACAAGUGCCAGGUCUUGCCAAGACCAAGGGAAAUUUAUCUAAGGAAGUUAGGGCAUCUGCCCUGAGUCUCUCUGGGUCAGUGUAUGGUAAACACAAGCCCAGCUCCACAUCCCUGCAGUCACCACCGUGCCAAGAUGGCUUUCAGCUCAGACCGUUUACUGAGACCAAACGCAUCCUCUACUCCAGGGGAGGUGGCCGAGAGCAGCUGAACCCCUCCUUUCUACUGAACAACCUCCAGCCUAGCUUGACUGGAGCCAGGAGACUGGUGGAGAUCAUCUUUCUAGGCUUGAGGCCUAGGACGUCAGGGCCACUCAGCGGGACACGCCGCCUAUCUCGGCGAUACUGGCAGAUGAGGCCCCUAUUCCAGCAGCUGCUUGUGAACCAUGCAAGGUGCCCAUAUGUCCGACUGCUCAGGUCACAUUGCAGGUUCCGGACAGCAACUCACCAGGUGGCAGAUGCCUUGAGCACCAGCCCGCAGCACCUCAUGGAUUUGCUCCGACUACACAGCAGCCCCUGGCAGGUGUACAGCUUCCUGCGAGCCUGUCUCCGCAAGCUGGUGCCUGCGGGUCUCUGGGGUACCAGGCACAAUGAGCGCCGCUUCUUGAAGAACGUGAAGCAGUUCAUCUCCCUGGGGAAGUAUGAAAAGCUCUCGCUGCAGGAGCUGAUGUGGAAGAUGAAAGUGGAGGACUGCACCUGGCUUCGCAGCAGCCCAGAGAACAACUGUAUCCCAGCCUCAGAGCACCGUCUGAGGGAGAGGACCCUGGCAAUGUUCCUGUUCUGGCUGAUGGACACCUAUGUGGUAGAGCUGCUCAGGUCAUUCUUCUACAUCACCGAGACCACAUUCCAAAAGAACCGGCUGUUCUUCUACCGUAAGAAUGUAUGGAGCAAGCUGCAGAGCAUCGGCGUAAGGCAACACCUUGAGAGAGUGCAGCUGCGGGAGUUGUCGCACGAGGAGAUCAGGCAGCGUCAGGAGGCCUGGCCAGCCAUGCCCAUCUGCAGACUGCGCUUCAUCCCCAAGCCCAGUGGUCUCCGGCCGGUUGUGAACAUGAGCUAUAGCAUGGGUACUGGAGCCUUUGGCAGAAAGAAGCAGGCCCAGCAUUUCACCCAGCGUCUCAACACACUGUUCGGUGUGCUCAACUAUGAACGGACAAAGCAUCCUAACCUCAUGGGAGCAUCUGUCCUGGGCAUGAAUGACAUCUACAGGACCUGGCGGACCUUCGUGUUGCGUGUGCGCUCUCUGGACGCGGCCCCCAGGAUGUACUUUGUCAAGGCGGAUGUGACUGGGGCAUACGACGCCAUCCCCAAGGACAAGCUUGUGGAGGUGAUUGCCAAUAUGAUCAGACACCCAGAAAACACGUACUGUAUCCGCCAGUAUGCAGUGGUCCAGAGAGACAGUCAGGGACAAAUCCACAAGUCCUUCAGUAGACAGGUCUCCACGCUCUCUGACCUCCAGCCGUACAUGGGCCAGUUUGUGAAGCAUCUGCAAGACCCAGAUGCCAGCGCACUGAGGAACUCCAUUGUCGUCGAACAGAGCGUCUCUCUGAACGAGGCCAGCAGCAGCCUGUAUGACUUCUUCCUGCAUUUUGUGCAUAACAGUGUCGUGAAGAUUGGUGGCAGGUGCUACGUCCAGUGCCAGGGCAUCCCCCAGGGCUCCAGCCUGUCCACCCUGCUCUGCAGUCUGUGUUUUGGUGACAUGGAGAACAAGCUGUUUGCCGAGGUGCAGCAAGAUGGACUGCUUUUACGUUUUGUUGAUGACUUUCUGUUGGUGACACCUCACCUGGUCCAGGCAAAAGCCUUCCUCAGGGCCCUGGUCCGUGGCAUUCCUGAGUACGGCUGCAUGAUAAACUUGCAGAAGACCAUGGUGAACUUCCCUGUGGAGACGGGUGACCUGGGUGGUGCGGCCCCUCCUCAGCUGCCCGCUCACUGCCUGUUUCCCUGGUGUGGCUUACUGCUGGACACUCAGACUCUGGAGGUGUUGUGUGACUACUCUGGGUACGCCCGGACAUCAAUUAAAACCAGCCUGACCUUCCAGCGGCUCUCCAAGGCUGGGAGGAACAUGCGAUGCAAGCUUUUGGCAGUUUUGCGACUGAAGUGUCACAGUCUGUUUGUAGACUUUCAGGUGAACUGCCUUCAGACAGUCUGCAUCAAUGUGUACAAGAUCUUCCUGCUUCAGGCCUACAGAUUCCAUGCAUGUGUGCUUCAGCUUCCCUUUGACCAGCGUGUAAAGAAGAACCCUACAUUCUUUCUGGGCAUCAUCUCCAACAUAGCAUCCUGCGGCUACUCCAUCCUGAAGGUCAAGAAUGCAGGAAUGACACUAAAGGCAAAGGGUGCCUCUGGCUCAUUUCCUCCUAAAGCUGUACGUUGGCUCUGCUACCAAGCCUUCCUGCGCAAGCUGGCUGCUCAUUCUGUCAUUUACAAGUGUCUCCUGGGACCUCUCAGGACAGCCCAAAAACAGCUGUGCCGGAAGCUCCGAAAGGCAACAAUGGCCAUCCUGGAGGCUGCAGCUGACCCAGCUGUAAGCACAGACUUUCGGACCAUUUUGGACUAACUCUGACCCCUUCAGCUGGAUGAACAUGAGCACUGUAGCCCCAGCGCUUCGGGACCCACAUCACAAGACAGACCGGCCUGUUGUGAGCUUAGUUUGCCCUCCAAAAUUUUUGUGUCCUGGGUUAGCAGAAGUUUGUCCCAGUGCCUUGUUUCCUGUGGUGGGCUUGAUUUUGUUCUUCAUGUCCUUAGGAAAGCAAUCCCACCCUCUUUACUGGCAGGGAUACACUAGCCACCAACACCAAGAGGAGGCAGAAGCCUGGCAUGGGCACUGGGACAAUGUGGACAGAUGUGAGAUGCCUGGGCCCUGGUGUCUUUUUCACACCUAACCAUCAAGCCUCUCCCAAUGGAGUCAGACUGUCUCAGAGAUGAGCCAGUGACUUAAAUUACAGCCAAAAUACACUCCGAGUGUCUUAGCUACUUUUCUGUUGCUGUGAUAAAAUACCAUGACCAAGCCAACUUAUGAAAGCAGGAUUUUUUUUUUUUUUUUUUUUUUUUAACUAGACCAGUAGCUGAGAGUUUACAUCUUGGUCCAUAAGCACAAGGUAGAGAGAACUAACUAGAAAUGGUGGGAGUCUUUUUUUUUUUUUUUACAAUGUUUUCAGAGUCCACUUUAAUUUUCAGAGAUAGUCUGACAAAUAAUUAAAAAAGAGGUGAAGGUUAAAGUCAAACAUGUCAUAGUGAAAGGGACCACACUGGGGACAUUCCAUAACUUCUCUGAAGCUAAGAUUCCUUGGCAGCAUUUGACAGUAACCAUGGCAGUUAUCUCCUGAGAUCACUGUUCUGAUAAAAUAGGCUGACAUGUGUUGGUACUGAACCAGACAGUCACACCCAAUAAAGAGUACAUCGUAAAAGUGUUGUUCGUCAUCAUA